GCCGCGCGGACCGCGGCUCCCGGCAGGGCCCAGCACUGCGCGCAGCCGGCAGGAGCCGGGCCCGGGCCCGGGCGGGCUGAGUUGCGGCCGCGCCGCCGUUGUGUGCCCGUUCCGCUCCGUUCCGCUCGUUCCGGCGCGGGCCCGCCCCUGUGGCCGUGACGGCGGCGCCGCGGGGCGGGCCGGGAGCGCGCGGGGCACGCCGGGAGCGGCGGAGGGCGGACGGACGGGCGGACGGAGCGGCGCGAUGUGGUACGAGAUCCUGCCCGGCAUGGCCGUCAUGGGCGUCUGCCUCAGCAUCCCCGGCCUCUCCACGCUCUUCAUACACCGCUGGUGCAACGGCGGCAAGGAGAAGAGAGUGGCCCGCUACCCGUACCAGUGGAGCCUGAUGGAACGGGACAGGCGGCUCUCGGGUGUCAACAAGUACUACGUGUCCAAGGGCCUGGAGAACAUAGACUAAGUGGCAGCACUUGGAAGAAUCUACGUAUCCAUAUAAAAUGAUUUAACUCUUUAAUAAAGAUAGACAUGUAUUCAA